AUGAUCACAAUGGUCCCGGUGCACAGCAUUCCAGUGCCGGAGGAUGAUGACCUAGAGCUGGAAUCCGUGGUACCUUCGGAGCGCGCCGAAGGGCCAGUCAACACUGGCACCCGGGACAAGAGCAUGUCGUGUUCCAGCUCCGUGCUGUCCUGUUGUGUACCUGUAUCUCUCAAUGACUCGUCGGACCUGGAGUGGCCUGAGCCGCUGAUGGACGAGUUCGAAAUGCUGAGCCUGCGCCAGGGCAACCCAAAGCUGGCCCCUCCACGCUCUUGGCUCCCGCACCUGGAAACCUCCCCGAGUGAGUCGGAUCAGGCGCUAAGCCCAGCGCGGGCUCGGGUGCCAUCGCUGGCUGCAGCCGCUCUGCGGCUGCUGCUUGCCAGGUGGGAAUCUCCUUUGCAGUCCUUCCUGUACCCGUCCCAGACGGCUCGGGUUUGCUUGGCUGCUCGGCCGCCCGCACGCCGGUGCCUUCUCGAUGCAGCGCUUGUGGAGCUCAUUGUGGAGGAGGGCACCGCAGAGGAUGUGUUGGCAUACUUCUUGAAUGCAACGCAAAACUACAAGGGUCUGUCACAGCUGGUUCGCACGACCGACCGGCCGAGCGAAUGCGUGUCUGACUGGCCAAUGGUUAGAGCCCACCGCUGCCUGGUCAAGACCGUCAGCAGCAGAUUCCAUCGAAGCCCAAGGCUCGUUGUACAGUUUUUACGGCAUCUGAUCAC